CAAGUCAUCUUAUCAUAUAUAUUUAUUCUGUAACGCGACGACGCCUUCAGACCAUCAUUUAAGUGUUGAUCUCAGUCAUCUUAUCAUAUAUAUUUAUUCUGUAACGCGACGAUGCCUUCAGACCGUCAUUUAAGUGUUGAUCUCAAGUCAUCAUAUUGUAUUUAUUCUGUUGUAAGACAUUGACCAUUAUUUUCAUCUGAUGUGUGGUAGUGAGCCAAUAUGACAUACGACGGUAUAUAUGGUAUGUCUCAAAUCUGCACAGUUGUCUGUAGCAGUUGUCAGAGUCAUUUAUAUGACAUCUCAUUAGAAAGGGUGUGAUAUAGACCGUUUCAAAAUAUGUAAACAUCACUGGUCCAGAAGCACUUCCUGUUUCAGGUUUUUAACACUAGAUAAACGUUGGGAUAAAAUAAACCAACAGAACAUAUAGAACUGAAUUAACUGAAGUUAAACAACCAUCUUAAAUAUAAUAAUGAUAUAUGUGAAAUAAACAAAAAUACUGUCACAAACUGUAACAGGAAGUGUUUCUGGACCAGUGUUGUUUACAUCUUUUGAAAUGGUCUAUACAUGAUUUAGAUUUUAAAUACCAUGGUUGUUCUGCCUUUUUAAAUAACAUAAAUUAAAAUUUAAUAGUGUCAUAGAAUGGUGUCAAGAGUAUAACUACUGUAUCAAUGAAACAUGAUCUAAAUUCUUGCUUCUGUGUAUAAAGGACAGCAAGUGGAAAUAAGAGUUGAGAGAAUGGAAGAUGUUGAAGUAUUAAAACGUUUGAAAAUGAAGAGGCCAACAUUCAAAGUUGGAAGUGUUGGGCCAUAUAACAUCCAAAUAAAUAGUUUGACCACUUUAGUGGAAGACGACAAAGUUUCUGAUGAGGUCAUGGAUUCCAUAUGUGAUGUUCUAAGCAGGAUUCGCCCAGGUGUUGUACAUAUAAAUUCUCAGGCACUAACCAAAAUAUUGGAUGGGUCCAAAAGGGCAAAAAGCCACUAUUUUAUCAAGAAUAACAUUUUUGAGGGGACAACAGAGGUGUUUGGCCCUUAUCUCGAGGGUGGUAAUCACUGGACAUUUUUUCAUUGCAAUGUUGACAAAAGAUGUAUCACUUACUUUAACUCCUUUGGAGAGAUGGAGUGGCAGUGCCAAGCAAUUGCCCAACACUGGUGUGAUUUUGCCACUGCAAGGGGAGUUCAAGGAGAGUGGGUCCUCAAAACUACAAAACACAGUUUGCAAACAGACUCUGUCUCAUGUGGUGUCCACACACUUGCAUUUGCCACAGAAUUUAUAAAGUCUGGUGGUUGCAUUACCUCCUUCCAGUGCCCUGCAAUACAACAGGAGAGAACGCGCCUUGCCUUGCUUUUGUACCGGUCUUUAGACCGAACCAAAACAUGUGGAAUUUGUUCCAAAAAUGUGUUGGGGAGAAAAAGAGCAACAUGCACCUGUGGGGCAGUGCUGCAUUUACAGUGUGCAGCCACACCUGUGUGCUACAUAUGCCAAGAUGACAGCAACUCGUUAUCCCAGAUCUCUUUGCCUACAGCAGCCACGUCAGCGCUCCUGGCUGACACUGACCUGGUAGAACAAUUCUCUAGAUCUGCAGAAUGCUCUGCACUACAACAGGAAGAAACAGUUAUGGCCAUGUUGGGCACCAUAGGAAUACCUAUGGCUUGUUGCACUGAGGAAGAGAUGGAAGAGGAGGACAAGGAAGAAAAGAAGCAUGAGCAAGACAACCAAGAAAGACAUAGGGAAGAUGAGGGAAAGGUGGAGAAAGAAAAGAAAGUGUACAAAGUUUUAGGGAGGCUAACGUCACAAAGAAAGUGUUACGAGGUAGAUGAAGAUGAGUUGAGGAGGAGGGUCAAAGGAGAAAACAUGUCCACAAACAUGUUUCGAAUGUUAAUAAGGGUUUGUAUUUCUGUUAUAUACAUGCAUUUAAGUAUAAAGCACAAAAGUUUUAACGUCAAAUUAUAGGUCUAAGACUGCCAUGUUUUUGUGGUUUAAUAGAUGUGUAGCAACUUUUCUUAAAUCAAAACUCUUAGCUACUCUCCCCUUAAUAGUUUGGUCAUACGCAAUAUGGCACAUUGUAUUUCGACAGCCUGCUUUCAUUCUUUAAAUCUGGGACACUUCUUC